AUGGGGAGAUCAGCGGCGGAAUGGUGUUUAGCGUUGGAAGCCACUACCGAGGGCUUGGUGGCGCAGGGCGAGCGGAUGGAGGCGGAAAUCGAGUCCCUCCAGAAAACCGUGACGGGGAUGCUCGAACGGAUGGCCCGGACGGAUGAGAAUGUUAUGAUGUUGAUGGCGCAGUUCGAGAAGUUGAUGGGCCAGCGUCUCGUCAAGGAGAUCGUCGACACACCCGGCAGUGCGGCGAAGACGAAGGGCAGCAGCUGCGGGGACAAGACGACGGCCGCGAUGCGGGACACCUGUGCGAAAGGGGGUAGCAGCAGUGGCGCACGUUUUCUCGCUAAGCUCGCGCGCUUGGAGUUUUCCAAGUUCACUGGAGAUGACCCAGGUGUGUGGUUUCCACGCGUCGAAUAA